GGGCUGUGCGGAAAUUUUACCCUGAAAUCAAAUGAUUUACCGGAUAUCGGAUAAGGCUAGGGGCCUGAAAAAAUUCUAGCUUUGAUGAGAUUCGAUGUUAUUUGAUGGGGCGCCACUACCAACUGAGCAGGGAGGUCGGAGCGAGGCGAUCAUAAAUAUUAGACAAGAGACAAGCGAAUCAUUAGCUGUGCAGGGUAUUUUCAUUUGAACCAGGCUGAAGAGCUUAGGUUAAAGAGAUCUCUCAGUUGCAGGGUCUGACGGGAGAGGUCAACAAGUUCAGCUCAGACAGACGAUCUUAUCAAUCACUUACCGGCCAUCAUCCGCGCGGGGAGACGAACCGGAGGGUAUUUUGAUUCCAAUCGAACGAAGAACGUGCGAGGCACAGAUGUAUUUCUCUGUGUAAACUCGAAUAGAAAUGAAAGAAGAACUUGAAGACGAUUUGUAUGAUACCAAACUACUGCCAACAGAUGGAGACCAAAGUAUUUCAACGACUGAAAUCGCUGCGUGUGCGCCAGUUAAUUCAGAGUUCCCUUCCGCUAAAGAUGCAGAAAUCACAGAGAAAGAUGGUGGCUGGGCUUGGGUUGUUUGUGGUGCGGCAUUCUGCGAUUUAUUUGUGGUUUUGGGAAUGCAUUACACUGUGGGAGUCUUAUAUGCUGCGUUACUCGACCACUUUAAGGAAUCGAAAGCCAAGACAGCAUGGGUGGGAUCCAUCGCUCAGUUCUCCUUGUUCUUCUUUUGCUAUCCCGGAAGCCUUCUCAGCGAGCGCUACGGAUGUAGACGUGUUGUUAUAGUUGGAGGAAUUCUCACCAGCAUUGGUCUUUUACUGUCAUCGUUCGCCACCAGUUUAAAUCAAAUUUACUUCACCCACGGGAUAAUUGUGGGAUUUGGAACAAGUAUCAGCUAUCUCCCAGCGCUCGUAAUGGUGGCGUACUAUUUCGACAAGAAACGCUCUUUUGCCACAGGAAUAGCAACGUCUGGGAGCAAUUUAGGAGCUCUUGGGCUUGCUCCACUUCAGCAAGUAAUCGUAGAUGCCUUCGGAUGGAGAAACUGCUAUCGUUUUCUGAGUGGGCUUGCUCUUGUUAUAACCGUCUGUGGGCUUUUGUUCAAGCCUUUGGACGAGAAAAAGACCGGAAAGGACAGACUUGUGAAAAGCACAGAAAUAACAUUCGAGAAAUCCUUCAAGAAGAAACUUCUUAGCUUUCCUAGAAAUAAUUGGUUUAUUAUCUGGGCUGUUGCGUCAACCAUAGCAACAUUUGGAUAUUUUAUUCCACAUGUUCAUUUGGUUCGCGUCGCUGAAGAGAUGGGCUCCUCACAUCGGGAUGGCUCGCUCUUGCUUUCUUACAUCGGAAUUGGUUCGGGUGUCGGAAAGAUUAUCUUCGGAAAAAUCUCGGACAUUCCUCGCGUGGACACCAUAAAGUUAUACAAUAUUUGCAUGGUUCUUUCCGGACUUUCUCCUCUUCUCGCUAUCUACUCGGCGGGUUAUGACAUGCUCGUAUUAUAUGUGGUUGUACUUGGACUGCUGGAUGGUUGUUUUAUCGGGCUCAUGUCCAUCGUGACGUUUCAAUGCACGGACCGUGAAAAGAUGUCAGUAGCCUGGGGAGCAGUGUUGAUGAUCAUGUCGUUUUCUAUGUUGGUUGGUGCCCCAGCAGCAGGAUGGUUUGGUGAAACAACAGGCAAAUAUCGGAAUUUAUUCUUCUUAGCCGGCGCUCCGACCAUCUGCGGAGCUGUUGUGUUGUCGCUGAUUCAGUGUAUCAAAGAUCCUAUCAUUGAGAGUCAACAAAAACGAGCGCUUGUAAUUCCUACGGAAGAAAAGGAAAUUAUCUUUGUGUACGAUAGGUUGACAGUAGUGUAACCUAAAACAAUUUAGUGAAUGGAACUCUGACAUGAUAAAACUAAGGGGAAAAUAAUUAUGGGAAAAUGUAACGUAUGAAAAAUGGACAGCGAGAAAAACUACAUAAUUGUGAUUGAAUGACUGUGGAAAUAUAAACCACAGGGAAAAAUGAAUUGUGAGAAAAUGUUCAGCAGGGAAAGUCGAUAGCAGAAAAACUUAACGCUUUGUUUUAAAGCAGGUUUCAAUACAGACUUGCUAUGGAAGCGAUUUCGUCAUUUGAGGGCUGGUAGUU